CUUAGUCUUUUGUAAGUUGGUGUUGUUUGGGUUGUUCUUGUCUUGUUAUGGUGCAAGCCGCUAAAAUAUACUUUAAAAAGAGGAAGGAAAAAAGAGUGUAAAACAGCAGAAGAACAGUUUCAUCUUGCAUUUGAAGCUCACUCUGCUGGAAUCUAUUGACUGAAACUACAACACGUGAUGUCAUUGCUCAUGGCUCCUCCUCUUCCUCUGAUGUUUCUGCUCAUGAUUCCAGGAGUUUACGGCCAGAAUGAUUGGAGUGUGAGUUACCGCUCUUCACAGAUCUGUGCACUAAAUGGGUCAACAGUGACAAUCUACUGCACUUAUAAAUACCCUACUGGAUAUAAGAUCACGAAAGCGUUCUGGACCAAUACACUUGUUAAAGAGAAAGAUGAAGAUGAAGAGUUACCAGAUCUGUCUGAGGACCCUGAAUACAGUCAGAGGCUUCAGUAUCUGGGAGAUAAACAGAAGAACUGCACCAUCAGACUGAGUCAUGUGACACAGAAGGAUUCACACAUGUACUAUUUCAAAUUCAUCACUGAUAAACCUGAUGGAAAGUGGACUGGUAAACCAGGAGUGUCUCUUACUGUCACAGAUCUUCAGGUGGAGUCUCCUGAGAGAGUGACAGAGGGAGAUUCAGUCCGUCUGACAUGUAAAAGCAGCUGCGCUCUGACUGACAGAACAACAUUCAUCUGGUACAGAAACUCACAGCCAUUAACUGAGAGAAGAGACAGAAACAAUCAACUCCUGCUGCAGUCAGUCAGAAGAGAGGAUGCAGGCAGAUACAGCUGUGCUCUACAGGAACACACUUACAUCUCUCCUGCUGUUCAGCUCAAUGUCACGUAUCCUCCAAAGAGCGUCUCAGUGUCCAUCAGUCCAUCUGGUGAAAUAGUGGAGGGAGAUUCAGUGACUCUGAGCUGCAGCAGUGAUUCAAACCCACCUGCAGAAAUCAUCUGGUUUAAAGGAAGAGCAUCCGUUGUAUCUGGAAGAAUCUACAGCAUCUCAAAGAUCAGCUCUGAUCACAGUGGAGAAUACAAGUGCAAGUCCAGAAAUGAACAUGGAGAGAAAUACUCUGAAACUGUGACUUUAAAUGUCAUGUGUGAGUUAAAGAUGUUCAGAAACUUGGAGGGAGAUUCACUAACUCUGAUCUGCAGCAGUGACUCAAACCCACCUGCAGAAAUCAGCAGGAAAAAGGAGAAUCAAAGCUCCUCUGUUGGAUCUGGACAGAGUUUCAGUGCUCUACAGAGUGGACGCUUCUACUGUGAGGCUCACAAUCAACACGGAUCUCAGAGAUCAGCAGUUUUGGGAAUCACAGUGGCAUCUGUAGGAUUAUUCAUCGUCAUCAUCAUCAUCGUGUUCAUAAUGAGAAAACGAAGAAGUGCAAAAGCUGCAGUCAUCACAGUAAAACAGGAUGAUCUGUACUCUAACGUAAAUGAGAGGGAUGCUCACGUGUCUGAAUCAGCCGUUUGUGAUGAUGCUCCAUAUGCCAGCGUUUCAUACAGUAAACCCAGAAGAGACAGAAAUGAAGACCUUGAGGAGAUCCAGUACGUGACUGUCCAACAUCACAAAACCAAACCGACGCAGAGAGCAGAGGAGAAUGAAAACCAGUACGACAAUCUCAGGAUUCACCAGCCUGCUGCUGGCGUGAGGCGAUCAGAUGUGGAGACUGUGGAAGAGGACUCUGUGAUCUACAGCAGCGUCAAAUGAAUGACAGACCAUCAUGAAGCCUGUUUAUACAUCAAUCUGGUCUGCUGGGAAAAGCAAAAGCCACAAAUAUUUGCUGAAUAUGUACAAAUAUUAAUUAAUGCCCUUGAAAGUUUGGCUGUUUAAUUUAGCAUGCAGUUGAACUAAAUUUAUGGCAUAUUAUUCAUUAAAUCAGGUGAACAGAUGAGCAGGAAACAAAAAAGCCAAAACUAAAAAAAGAUGUUGUGAUGUGUCGUGGUAAUGUGUUUGUUAAAAAUUAAAUGAUUCAAACUUUUUAUUUCAAACGUUUCUGUGACCAAAUAAAUGAACGUAUCAGUUUAA